UAUUAUUGGCGUUGAAAUGAUCGUCAUCAUUUUUAUCUUAAAAAUACAACGAUGUAGUCGCAUCUAUAAGAAUUUUCAAGUGUUCAAUUAAACAAUUUAAUUCAACUUAUAUUUAUGUGUGAAAAAACUCCUACUAAAUUUUCGCCAAAUUUUUGGCAUUUAUCAGUAUUGAUGAGAUUUUCAGCAAUAUUUUGUAUAAUUUGUGUCGUAAACGUGGGAUCUGUGAAGAAUCUACCUCGAUCUUACCCACCUGGCGAAGAAAACAAACAUGUCGAAGGACGGAAUAACGAAGACGAAUAUACACCGAAGAGACAGGUAUCUAAUGAAAAUCUGCUGUAUUCAACCGAUAACGAAAUAAAACUGUUCAAUUUUACUGCUAAUGAGACCUUUGUGAUCCGGAAAAAUGUCAAGUGCCUAGGUUUAGCCGCAGCUGGCGAUUAUUUUUAUUACGGUACAUCUGAUGAUUACAAAGGUUAUGUGCACAGAACUUCAAUGACGACUGGCAAGACGGAUCUGAUUAUUGAUACAAUGUGUAACGAUUCAAUUAGAAUUCACUCCAUCGACAUAGAUUGGAUCACUGGUAACAUUUACUUCUCAACUGAUUUUUGCAUUGGUGUUUGUUCAAGAGAAGAAGAAUUUUGUUCAAGAGUUAAAUCUUUCCCUGAGUCUGAUUUGUGCCAUAUUGGUUUAGCUCCACGUUCAGGGUUGUUAUUUACUUCAAUGUCAGGUACAUACCGUAAUCCACAUGUAAAUAAAUCCUACAUCACAAAAGCAUCCAUGGAUGGAACAAAUGAAACUGAUCUGUAUUGGGAUGCUGCUCAUCCAAUAUCCUUAACCGUCGAUGAGUUGUCGGAGAUGGUUUUCUGGAUGGACGUUGGUCAAGGAGGAAUUCAUUGUAUACAGUUUGAUGGCAAAAAUUGGAAGAUAAUAUUUCCAAAUACUUACGUUCAUUUUUUCACCGUAAGCAAAUUCCAACAUAAUUUUUUUUGGACAGAAGAAAACAAAAACACCAUUGGAAUGAAUAUUGAUAAUGAAACAAAAUUCAUUGUCGAUGAAAAUGCAACUUCCAUAGAAUAUUUAUACGUGUUUAGCCCUGUUUUACAACACCAUAAAAUCUUGAAUCCUUGCACAAACUCAGGCUGUAAUGGUCUAUGUUUACUCCGACCAUCUUCAGAUAAAGGAUUUUUAAAUUUUACAUGCCUGUGUGAUAAUAAUACGACAUCCUCGAGCAGAAAACAGUGGUGUAAUAAUCCGUUUAUUCCACUUCCACAUGGAUGGGAUUCUCAAGAAGAUUAUGGGGAUGAAAGUCAACCUUCCCAAACAGAGGGAGGAUUUGAAAAAGAUUUCAAGGCGGACAUUCGACCUUCCCAACCAGAAGGAAGAAUCGAAAAACAUUCUGAGGAGGACAUUCAACCUCCCCAAACAGAAGAAAGAUUCAAAUGGUUAAACGUGAUCUCAUUAGUUAUAAUUUGUAGUUUUCUGAUCCUAUUAGCCGGUGUUUCAAUUUAUUUCAUGUUUCGAAGAAGGAGUUUGUACAGAAGUAAUGCAGAUUCUCAAAUAAUAUCAUAUGUGCAUUUGACAGAGUGUGAAAAUGCAAGCUUAUAAUAAAUGCUUAGGGAUGUACCUGAGACAUUUUUUGAAAGAAAUAAUAAAUUGAAAUAUGCCAUGA